UUCAAGUCCACUCGUGCAGCAGCAGCAGUGAAAGUGAAGGACAGGCAGCACAGACAUUUAACCUGCACUUGUUCAGGAUAUUGAUUAGCUGCAUUUUGUCAGUUGUAAGAAUGGUGGUUUAAGCCUAUGCAUUUUUUGUGUCUGUUUGGAUUGCCAUUUUUUAAACUCCAGUGACUUUAUCAAGAACAGUAAAGAGCAAAGAUGAUUGAGCUGGGCCUCCCUGAUGGCAACCUGAUUGAUGAGUUGAUGGAGCUGACAGCACAGAGCCUCAGUCACCUGGAAAUCCAAGAACACUUCAACGUCAUCAAAGAGAUCGGACGAGGGAAAUAUGGGAAAGUGCUCCUGGUUACACAUCGCUUUAGAGGGACUCCCAUGGCAUUGAAAGUGAUGCCCAAAACUUCAACUAAGCUGCAGGGCUUUCUGCGAGAGUACUGCAUCUCCUUGCACCUGUCCUGCCACCCCUGCAUUGUGGGUCUUUUUGGCAUCGCCUUCCAGUCUAAUGAGCAUUACUGCUUUGCCCAGGAGCUGAUCAUUGGAAGGGACCUUUUUGCUGUCAUUCAACCAAAAGUGGGUAUCCCAGAAUCCUCAGUAAAACGCUGUGUCCUUCAGAUCGCCAGUGCUUUGGAGUUCAUCCACACCCAUGGCUUGGUCCACCGUGAUGUGAAGCCUGAAAAUAUUCUUCUGCUGGACAAUCUCUGCUGCCAGGUGAAGCUGGCGGACUUUGGACUUGCCCAGAAGAGAGGAACCCUGAUACGUUUUAUCACAGGAAUCCUUCCCUAUAUGGCCCCUGAACUUUGUUCUGUAGCUCUGCCCGAGGGCCAGAAAGAGGUGACUGCUCCACCUCUGAGUGUGGAGCCAAGUCUGGAUACCUGGGCAUUUGGCGUGGUUAUCUUCUGCAUCCUCACAGGCUACUUCCCCUGGGAACGCUGUGUGGACUCGGAUGACUUCUACGAAGAGUUUGCAGAUUGGUGGAGAAUGGAAAAUCGAUCUAACGCUGAGGAGGACAUCCCUCCUUUGUGGAAAAGGUUCACUCCAGUAGCCAUGGAGAUGUUUGGUAAACUCCUGGCUCUGGAUGCAGGAAAAAGGUGUUCAGUGGGAGAUGUGAGAGCAUAUGUGGAGAAGGACUGGCUGAAGAAGGUACCGGGUAAUGAUCAGCAGUAAAAGUCGGGGGAAAAGGGAAAAAAGAAAGCAGCAUUUCUCUGGAUUUUGUAGCUCCUUAUUGCUUAAAAACAAUAAAAAUAUAUGAUGUAGCUCAAAGCCAGCGUGUGGUUUGCAGUGAUCUUUAAUAUCAUUCUGAUGCCUUUGUCCUUGUGUAAAAGCAUCCUAAGACUAGCAAAUGUCUUGUCUUACUGACCAUUCAAAAUAUCCAUCUCACAUUUGAACUGAAAAUCAUCAAUAAAACUACCAGGAACAUCGUUAGACUGUGGAAGGAAACUAAAGAAACCCACCAGAUAUGGAGGUAAAGGACUCUGUGAAUCCAGAACUUUCUUGCUGUGAGGAAGCAGCACCAUCUUGCUGCUAGUACGCAAAACAGACAAAAAAUAAAACGGGAGUUUUCUGCAUGUAUUUGUUGCAUUUAACUAAUAAAAAAAUUAUAUAGUAACAGUAAAUUGGUGCGUGGUGAUUGGCAGAGGUGCCUCAGGAGAAGAU